GAGGGAAAGUCAAAACUAAAUAUUCGUGGUGGAGGAUGACUGCCAGGGCUAUUAAGCUGGUUUCGCCUCUCCGCGAGCUCCGUGUCCAUCUGUGUCAGAGAGCGGAAGAUUCCCGAGGAGUGAGGGAAUUUAUUGAAAAGUUCUACGUUCCCCUCAAGCAGAAUAACCCGAAGUUCCCCAUUCUGAUUCGAGAGUGCAGCGGGGUUCAGCCGAAAGUUUAUGCUCGUUACGCGGCCGGACGAGAAGCUCACGUUAGCGUCUCAGGGUUCAACGCGGAGCAGGUUAUGGGAGCUAUUGAAAAGUUGGCCAAGGCGUGAUAUGCAUAGGUGUUUAAAUAAAGCAUAGUUGUUUUACGAAA